CCGAACCAAAUAUAAAUUAAAAACAAGCCCAAUUCUUGAAUCCUGAUUUCCUCCAAGAAAACGAAUUGGGGUUUUCGCGGUCGGGGCCAAUCGAUGCGGUCUCGGAGGAGUUGAUGAGCGCAGGCAGCGGCAACAGCAGCAUGAGCAGCAGAGGCAGCAUUGGGAGUUCCACCCACAACAACGCCACCGCCACCGCCAAUAGCAGCAGCGGCAGCAACAGCAACAGCAACAAGCCGGCUUGGUUGCAGCAGUACGACCUGAUUGGUAAGAUCGGCGAGGGAACCUACGGCCUCGUCUUCCUCGCCCGAACGAAGUCCAACCCCAACCGCGGCAAGUGCAUCGCCAUCAAGAAAUUCAAGCAGUCCAAGGACGGCGAUGGCGUAUCUCCCACCGCCAUCCGCGAAAUCAUGUUACUCAGGGAGAUCAAUCACGAGAACGUUGUUAAGCUUGUGAAUGUGCACAUCAAUCAUGCCGACAUGUCGCUUUAUCUCGCGUUCGAUUACGCCGAGCAUGAUCUCUAUGAAAUUAUCAGACAUCAUAGAGAAAAAGUUAACCAUUCUAUCAAUCAGUACACAAUUAAAUCAUUGCUCUGGCAGUUGCUCAAUGGGUUGAACUAUCUUCACAGUAAUUGGAUUAUACACCGAGAUCUAAAGCCAUCAAACAUUUUGGUUAUGGGUGAGGGAGAAGAGCAAGGUGUUGUUAAAAUUGCUGAUUUUGGACUUGCAAGAAUAUAUCAAGCUCCAUUGAAGCCUUUAUCCGAAAAUGGGGUUGUUGUAACUAUUUGGUAUCGGGCACCUGAGCUACUUCUUGGGGCUAAGCACUAUACUAGUGCUGUUGAUAUGUGGGCUGUUGGAUGUAUUUUUGCUGAGUUACUGACUUUAAAGCCACUUUUUCAAGGAGCAGAAGUUAAAGCCACACCUAACCCCUUUCAGCUUGAUCAGCUUGACAAGAUAUUUAAAGUCCUAGGCCACCCCACGCAAGAAAAGUGGCCAACACUUGUAAAUCUUCCACAUUGGCAAUCAGAUCAACAACAUAUCCAAGGGCGUAAGUACAGUGACAAUCCUGGUCUCUACAGUGUUGUUCAUCUAUCUCAGAAAAGUCCUCCAUAUGACCUCCUGUCAAAGAUGCUUGAAUAUGAUCCUCGAAAGCGUAUAACAGCAGCACAAGCACUUGAGCAUGAGUACUUCCGAAUUGAUCCUCUACCAGGCCGCAAUGCACUAGUACCUGGCCAACCGGGGGAGAAAGUUGUGAAUUAUCCUGCUCGACCUGUGGACACAAGUACAGACUUUGAAGGAACGGCUACUGUUCAACCUUCUCAACCGGUCUCAUCUGGAAAUGCAGUUUCUGGGAGUGUAGCAGCUGCCCCUGUAGUGGCAGCUAGAUCUGUCCCUCGGCCAAUGCCUAUGGUUGGCAUGCAACAAAGGGUGCAACCCCCUCCAGGCAUGACAGCUUUUAAUCUUGCUUCUCAGGCUGGCAUGGGUGGUGGAAUGAAUCCUGGUAGCAGCAUCCCUAUGCGGGCUGCAGCUGCUCAGGCUCAUCAGCAGCAACAGUUGAGAAGAAAAGAUGCUGGAAUGGGGAUGCCCGGAUAUCCACCACCACAGAAAAGGCGCUAUUGAGGAAUUACUGCUGCCUUGUGCAAUGACUUGGAUUCAUAUUUGUCACACUCGAAACUGGCAGAAAGUGCUAUAAACUUAACCUAAAUGGAGACUUUUCAUCUGCAUUACAAUUUGGAACUCAGUUUAGUGGAUGCCAGGAACCAACAGUCAAGACUUCUGGACCAGUAUUUUGCAAGCCUUAUCUUUUCUGGGUGUUCUGCAUCCUUUGGCGUCCAUGUAACGGAAGGAAGAAGUUGAUGUUCCCUGGUUGGACGUUCACCAUGUCCAUUCCUUUUGUAUUGUUAUUGAAAUAGCACAUUUGUUCCAACCUUGAUGACAGUGAGGUUGGACCUUGUAACAUUAUCUUAGGUACCUAAAAUGCUAUGAAUCAUCUUUGUCCAACAUUCUUUACCAUAGUAGAUUUGAAUGCAAAGCUAAUUCAGUAGGUUGGUAUCA